CUGCCCCAGUCAGCUGAGCACAGGUAUCAUAAAUAUGUAUGUUCAUCGUUAAGUUUUCAAGACUACAGUCCUCUGUAAAGUUAAACAUAUUAACUAAGCAAACCCUAAUCGAACUACUUAACUGUUCUCUACAAACAAAUGCAAGUAUUUCAGUGAUCUCAACAGCCCCGCCUCCAUAGCCUAAACGAUUUUCUCCACCUACUGUUAUUUGUUCCCAUAAACUUUGUGAGAAGUUGUGAAACAGCCAGAUAACUCCGGACCAGUUUGAGUACAAUUUUCCCACAGUCCUGGGACUCUCUUAGUUAUUUUUCAGUCUGAUAAAUCUACAAACAAGCUUCCUUCACACAAGACUGUUUUCCAAGAUAAGUGCACUUUCUUCUGUUCCUGCACCUCUCACACUUCCCUUUCUCCUCACCUCUGUCCCAAGCACCCUGUCACCAUGGAGAAGGUUCAGCACAUAACUCGUUCUGCUAUGAGAAGAGCUUCGAACAUCGAGGUGAACCCACAAGCACGCCAGCACCUGCAGGAGCUCUUUGUCAAUUUUUGUCUCAUUCUCAUCUGUCUUCUUCUUAUCUGUAUCAUUGUGAUGUUGCUAUAAAAUUUAAGCAACUCUGGGAGAACUCUGAUAAAAUGCAAACAAUUACAAUGGGGAAGCGCCUGCUGCAAGGAAGAGUGGCUCAAGAUGAAACAGUUUUGGACUAUCACUAUCUCACAAAUGAGUCAGGAUAGGUUACCAUCUGACUCUAGUUUAAAAAAAAUGGAAAAUGUUGCUUUGAUUCUGAUGUAUAAUGAAAAUGUGACACUUUACAAGUAUUGCGCAUGAUUUUUUUUCUUUUUACUUUUUGAAUUAUUUUUAAUGCGACUGAUUUUUGUUACUUAAGCAUACAUGAGUGAUUUUCAUGCAGAAAGCAAACAAAAAAAUAAAAGGAAAAUACCAAUGCUUUGCAUAUAUUAUUACAGUUAAAUACAUACCACUUGCUACAAUAAACACCAAAUUUUCAGACAACA